UCUCUGUCCUCCUCGUUCUUUUUCCUCUCCUCUAAAGUCUGAAUCUUCAACAGAAUAAGAAAAAGAGGCUGGAGUGGAGCGCAGGGGUAGAGGAGGACUCGGCUUCCUUUUCUCGGUGUGGUUUCCUGUUUGUAGGUGGGAGGAUGUUGAAACGGUUGCAGCAGCUUUUCUCACAUAGAGCUGCACCUUGUGAGCGGCCGGCGAUGCUCCGGGGUGUCACAGGAACACCUUCUGAUUGGUUGGGGGUGUUUGUGUGAAGCAGUUUUUUAUGUUCUACCUCUCUCAGCUGCUGGGCCAACUUUUCCAAAUUUCCAUCACCACUUCCAGUCAAGCUGCUGAAGGAGGACAGUUUGAUCAGCCCACACACGAUUCUCCGCUGCUGAACUUUUCUGGUAACUGCUUGGUUAGUGAAUCAGCCUGUUUUCAAACAUUCACCAACUCUUUACUGACACCUUAAAGCCUAAGAGGACUUCAUUCAGGAGCUGAUUGGGUGCAGCAAUGACAGACGAGCAAAGAUGUCGAUAAAGAAACGUCACCAUCAGUGAGGACCAACAGACAAGCGUGAAGAAUGGCGGGAGUUCGACCGCAGUAGGUGCUCAAGGGGAUCAGAUACUAAGAACGAGACCGAUUGCAGGCCCCAAGUCUUCAUCCAUUUUUUUCUACCCUUCAUCCAACUCAUUCUUCACUUGCCGUGUGUCCACGUGAGCAGACAUUCAGAAUCAAAGUUCUGACCUUAGAACCUCCCCUCCACUCCCAGAUGAACAAUGGAUAUCUCCUGGCUCACCUUGCUGAUGCCGACAGCUGUCUUCUUUGCCACUGUCCUCCUGGCCAUUGUCUGUUUGAACUGCAGGACCAAAGGUCCGCUGGGUGAGAAGAAGCUCCACUUCACACAUGGGUUUUCCAUCAGUCAAACCAUCUCUUCAGAGGAACAACUCCCACACUCUAGAUUCAUCGUCAUCCAUCCAUCCCAGCCCCAUCCAGACCACAGCUCUGUCCGCUCGCCCUCCAAUCUGCUGACUCCACACCAAAGUUCGUUAGAACGCGAGCGAAGCCUCCGGCCCUACACCCCGACUGAGUCUGAGAGUAACCCGAGCUACGAGAAUCCAGUUCCUGAAACUGAUGGCCAUGGCAGUGAUCCCGAAGACAACGGAUACAUAAAAGUUCUUCCUGAAACUGACCCUACAAACAAUCUAAGCCGAGCGUCGACGCCCAGUUCAGACAAUCCCCAGUACGUCAACGUUGAAGAGGUGAUACAAAAACCAGAUCCAGAAUGUGACACAGACUCAGAACCCGGGUCGCACUACCAGAAUGUGGAGGAAAUACAUCACCCAUGUUUGAAAACUGAAAUGUCGUCUCAGAGCGAGGAUGAUGAUGAUGAUGAUGAUGAUGAUGAUGAUGAUGAUGAUGAUGAUGAUGAUGAUGAUGAUGAUGAAGGGAACUACGUGAAUUCCCAACCUUUACGUGUCUUUUCUCACCUGUAAAUAAAAUCUGCGAGGCA